AGACUGUCAAUCGUUCAAACCUCUCGUGCAAUUGUUACGACCAGCUCACUCCCCGUAGCUCUUGCUUUUAGGCACAACCAAAUUAGGGCUAUUGUACCUUUGGUCCCUAUUAUACCACGAAGAUGGCCGAGGAACCAACUCUUCCCAAGUUGCCCGCAGUCGCUUGGGAUUUCGAGACCGAAUCUUUUAGCAACACGCGAAAACGUGCUCGUAAUCGAGGUGAACCAUCCGCACCGCCAAUUUUCACCAAUUCGAGCGACCCCGCCGUGUUCUCUAGUGAUGAUGAUCCUCAGUUAGAGAAUUAUACUCAAGGAAGACAUCGCAAGAAACGAUAUAUCGGUUCCUGGUUCCAACAGCAUCUCGCAUCAACUGAUUCAAUCUCCGGCGAAAGUGUACAACCGGUACCCAAGGCGAAUAGGACGUUUGAGCGUCAAUUUGAUAGUGGAGUUUGGAUGGGAAGCGACAUUUCAGUGGAUACAGAUGACGAUACGAUUCUAGAUAUCGAGAUGCCUACCCAGUCUAAGCUGCUGCAGUUGCGACAUGCUCGUCCUGUCACAACUAUCUCUCCCAACGAAGCGGCCGCCCGGGAAAAGAUCCAAGCUGCUAUCGACAGUGGAAUCCAAUCUAUUGAUCUCUCUUCCUCGGGUAUCGAGUCUCUUUCCAACACGACCGUAUCACAGCUUUCCAUGUUUGACACAGUUCCUAUCAUUGAGGAAACAUCUCCGUUCGAGUCGAGGCGGCCAUUCCUUGAAGUCUACCUAUCUAACAACCCGCUCAUCCGUGCUCCUGGAGCUCUGUUCAAUUUAGAACACUUGACCGUUCUUAGUCUUAGAAGUACUUUGAUUACCGAGCUUCCGCCAAGUAUCGGAAACCUACGCAACCUACAGACCCUAAAUCUAUCUCUUACUCGUCUUCGACAUCUUCCCGGGGAACUCUUAGACUUGUUGAAAUAUCCGAGUAAGCUUCGAACCUUGAACAUACACCCUAACCCCUUCGAACAACCCGACCACAUCGAGCCCCUUAUCACCAUGGGCAUCGAGAUAAAGAAUCCCUCUCGCGACAAGUUUACUCCUUUUGUAGACGAGGCACUUCGCAUCGAUCAUACAAGACAGAUGCGAUUCUGGCUCGACAAGCAGGACGGUAUUAUUGAUGAACCUAGGCCCUACUUGAAAAAGCCAAGAUGGGCAGCUGCCAUACUCGCACGAUCACUGGUGCAGUACAGUGAUAGCCGAGGGGUCGUCAUCUCCAAGUUUCGGCUACUAGAGCCAAGACCAAAUGUUCCACUCGAGCAGGGAUCGUCGUCGAUUCGAUCCAUCCAAACUGAGGAUCUGUGUUCACCACCCGCGAUGCCCCAAUCCGCUAGAAACGAGCUUGCCUCCGUCGCCAAUCGAGGCCGCGUACCAUCCCUAUUCGAGCUAGCUCUCCAGUCUUGUAUGAAGAGUGGACAACUCCAUGAAUUGCCGUCCCUAUUCCCACCGAAUUCGCCGCAAAGCAUCAUCGACGUGCUGGGUCGUCUCGCUGAUCAAAGCGAAGCAAACGCCAACUCGGGCAAUUUACCCUGCUCGUUAUGUGGGCGACGAGUCGCAGUACCUAUGACUCAGUGGAUCGAGUGGUGUCUGGUCGGGGAUCUUGUCACGGAUGGAGUGAUGCGCGCGGAGAAGCCAUGUAUCGGACAGGCUCAACUUGUAGUCCCAUUCAUACGACGCGGCUGUUCUUGGAAGUGCCUGCCAAAAGUAAUGACACCGGGACAGACAGUACCAGGGAUGGUAAGAUUCAGUAUUGAUUAGCAUCCAUAAGAGCAGUCCACUCUCCAGAUGGAUAGUUCUUCCGUUGCAGGCGUUGGAGAGGAACGACGUGAUUUAUGAUACCCUAGGCGUGCCAGAGCCAAAGAGGCUGAAAGGCAUGGUUUAACCAGAGAUUCACAGUUGAGGUUGUGUCUAAAAUAAGACAAUUGCAAAAAAGAAGCCCAACAAGUUGCGAUGCCAUCGAGAGACUUAUUGAGGGAGCGGGCCAUUAGGGUUGUUGAAGCAGUUGCUUCAACAUUUCCCCUAUUGAGAUGUCAUCUGUUACAGCCAGGAAUCGUCAGAAUCCUGUGCAAUCGCUUGUGCUUAGCAAUAUAGUUGCUUCAAAAUCGAACAAUUGAACAAACG